GUGAGCGCUCUUCAAGCGUCUGCUACUGCGAAUUGUGGCUCACAGUUUCAGUUUCACUUUCAGCCUCAACUGCUGAAGAAGAAGAAGCCCCAUCGUGGUGAUUGAUUUUUCUUUUUCAUGUGCCUCGCGCACAGUUAAUUCAAUAAUAAAAGAAAAAAAUCGAAGAAAUUAUGUGGAGAACCUUUCCCGCGUGAGGGAGGCAUAAUCCACAGGGUGGUGGUGCUUGAAGGAAUAAUAGAGAGGAGACAAUGCACACACCAGAAGGUCUUCGACAGCGAUUCCUCAUGGAUGGUGGUAUUCUUGGCGGUGUUGUGAAGUGUGGUGGCUUCCGGUAUGACGAUGGAACACGCUAUGUGGGUGAUUGGAGUGCACGCGGGCAGAAGCAUGGGAUGGGGCACCUCCUACUGCCCGAUGGAACACGCUACGAUGGUGCCUUCAUCGGUGGAAUGUGCUCCGGACUGGGGGUGAUGUCCUUCCCGGAUGGCUCAAAGUACGAAGGGGAAUUCAUGCAGGGCUGGUUCCAUGGGCACGGUAUCUUCUGGCGCAGCGAUGGGAUGCGGUAUGAGGGGGAAUUUCGCGGUGGACGCAUCUGGGGCCUUGGCUUGGUCACGUUCAGUGACGGUAGCCACGGGUUUCCGCGCAAUGAGGGCUUCUUCCAGGAUUGCCGUCUCAUCCGGAAGCGUCGGUGCCCGGAAGUUGUGCAGAAAGCUCAGAAAAUUGCCCUAAUGGCCCGUGCGCAGUGUGAUGAAGCAUUUUAGUGCAGGAUGAGCAGGAUGUGGGAAUAAAAUGAAUUUAAAAAAAAAUGCCAAAAA